AUGAUCUACGUGCCGUCGCUGCCCGCGACCGACGUAGUCGCCGACGUCUUUGCUCACCUGCAGGCACAGCUGCAUGCACAGGUCCACGGCGUCGACGAGGCUCGGCCGGCGCAGACCAUCGACGCCUUUGUCGACGCCAUCUACCGCACGAGACCGGUCCACGCAUCGUAUGUGCAGCAGAUCAAGGCCGAUGGCCACCGCACCCGCGCGCGCCUCGACGCUAUUCGGCGGCAGCGCAAUACCGACGCAGCGCAGAGAAUCCAGCUUCUUUGUGCCGCCAAGGCCAUGUUUGCGAGCCGCGUCGACGCCGCGCGGCGCGACGUGCAGAUGGAGCGAGCCCAGCACGCCGUGGUGCACGCGCAGCUCGUGGCCAGCGCCACGCAGCACGAAUUCCGACGUACCCUCCUCUUUGCCUGCGUGGGCGAGAUGCACAAGGCGUUGGCGCGGGCGACGCAGCGCGCACUUGGACAAGCCGACUCGGUCGAGGCCAUGACAAAUGCGGCCAACGCCAACUUGCUCUGGUCGAUCGUCCUGGCCCGUCUGGCCGAGGAGAUGGGAUCGCCGCCAUUCGAGCAUGUGGCGCGCUUCGAGGUCCUCCCCGACUCUACGUUUGGCCUGUCCCCGCGCAUGAAUACGAUGGCGCAGCGCAUUGCGCCCUUCUUGCGCAAGCAGCUCCACCUUGUCGAUGCUGACGACGUUGUCGUUACCCGGAUCAUCCUUGUGCCGAGCAAAGCGUCCAGUAAAAGCACCAAGUUACGUCUCGUGCGGCCACCGACGUCGGCCGCCACUUCGAUGCAAGCGCUCGAGCAGCUGCUAUCAAGUGACGACGUAGGGUUCUCAGCGCCUUUUUCCAAGAAGAGCAAACGGCCGUUGUCGACACUGCAAGCGCGCGUCGUUGUCUCAAUGACUCCGACGACACCGCUGAGUACAUCGGCGCUGCGCUGGCUUCCACUGUCGCCCCACACGCUACCGCAAAGCCCGAUGAACGACCACAUUUACUUUUGCUUGGACGAAUACAAGAUGCGGUCCACGCUUGAGGAGAAUGCAGUCAUCACGGAGAUUGCGUCCCGCGACUGGACCCCUGGGAUCACCGAGUCCUUGAUCGCCGCAUUUGUGCGCGCUCCACUCGACGUGUGCGCCAAGCUCGACCUCGCGAGUGCCUUUGAGAUCGACGCCGUUCUGCCCAACGACGGUGACCACGUCUUGCGGGCGACGUCGGCAAGUGUGCCCCACCCGCCAUUACACUUUGGCGUUGCGUCCAUCGGUCACUUGCUCGAGACGAAGCGCUGGCGCGACCAAGUGACCGACCCCGACAUUCAAGCGUCGCUCGAGAAGCUGGCACCGCACACGCUCCAGGGUCGGGGGCGGCUCUCGCAGCUCUACAUGGCCACAAGCGCUCUGGCCAACGGUGCCCUUGUCGGCGCCACGUUGCACCCGAUCUCGAGUGCGAUGCUCGACGAACUCAUCGCCUUGUAUCUUCUGCGACCGACCAAGAUGCCAGCGAUGGCAACCUCGCUCGUUGCGCCGAUGGACGCGGCGCUUUGUCGAAUCGACAAUGUGUCUGCGUUGCUUUCGGACAGUUUUUUGGGGCCGCCACGCAGUGCGCUCGUGCAAAGGGCCACAAGCGUCGACGAGGCGGCCGACUACAUGGAGGCGAAGCCCUCGUUCGAGCCGACACCGACAGCGCUGCCUGCCACGGAGCUGCGACAGAUCAAACACGCAAGCCGGCUGCUGGACGAUCUCUUGCAUCGUCGACUUGCGUCGACGCUUCUCGCUCUCUAUACGGAGAGUGUGGCACCAUCGUCUUGCCGUCGCUGCGUACGCGCCGAAGCACCGAGCGCGACCGUCACGAGCUUGGAAAAUGCGCUGGCACUCGAAGAAGCAACGACCAACGAUGUCCUGGGUCUCGCGCGCCUCGGGGUCUAUCCUACGGCCGAAGUGGCUCUCCUCAAGCGACUCGAACAGCGGCUUCAAACCAAUCGGGAUGUUGACCAGCUACGGGCGUUUUCUGAGAAGAAGCACGCACUCUUUCGCGCGCGGCGCAACGACGAAGAGGGCGCGCGAUCCAAGCUUCGUAAAGGGCCGCUCCGCCAUGCCAAGUCGUGCCAUGUUCUGCCGACGCGUCGACCGCUGCAGAUUGAGAGCCCGUUGCGACCUGUGUCGGCGCACAGUAAUCGUAGUAGCAGCAGCAGCGACAGUAGCCCCGACAUCGCCCCGACAACCAAAAAGCCAUCGACCAAGCGGCGCGGGUAG